AUGAAAAAGCUUGUAUUAGCUAGUUAUUUAAUAAAUAAGGAUAAUAAAGUCAAUGUAUUUGAAACUGUUAUUUUAGGUGUUUUCGAUUCGAGAUGCAAAAAUGUGUCAAAAAAUUUAUUAUCUAAGAUUGGAUGCUCUGAAAAAUUAAGCAAAUAUGCUUGCCUUAAUAUAAAUGAUCAUAAGUGCACUUGGGACUCUAAAUGUAAGGAAAUCUCGACAGAAUAAAUUGAGGAUUUAUCAUGUGAAGAAUAAUUGAAGAUGCCAGUUAGUUCUCUGGCAUGCUCAACUCUAAAAAAUUUAGAAUGUAUCAAAUUAUUAAAAAUAAAAGGUCUAAAUACAGGAUUAAAAGGAGAUUAUAAAUGCAUAGGAGUAUUAUAAGUGUACUAUUCAACAUUAAGAUGCUCGUAGUUAGGGUUAACUGAGUUGGCUUGCUUAAAAAUAUAAACAAUUGGAGAAAAAUGUAUUUUUUAGAAUCAAAUUUGUCAACCAGUCUCAAUUGAUCAAAUAGUAAGUUGCAACUAAAAACUCAACAGGCUGGCCUGUCUUUCGAUAGAAAAUUCUAGUUUAGGCUGCCAAUGGAGUAAGUAAAUUUGUUAAGAUUUUUUAUACACAAACCAACCGACCGAAAUCAUACCAGAUGUUAGUUAAAAUGUUUGUCAUAAUCUUGAAGGGGCUUAUAAAUAUGUAAAAGAAAAACACUAAUGUGAAAGAAUUCCAUUAGAAAAUAAUUAUAAUAUUCCUUGCAAUACAUUAGGAUUAUCUAAAGAAGGUUGUUUAAAAAUAAAGAUUGAAGAUUGCAUUUUCUAUCAAGGGACAUGCUAAGAAUUAAGUGAAUAGGAUUUAAAAACUUAUUCAUGUAACAUGGAUUUGAAUGAAAUGGCAUGUAUAAAUUUAAAAACAGAAUUUUAAUUUUGUAAAUGGAAUGGGUUUUAAUGUGCAAGAUUAUUCAUGAAUCAAGAUUUGGAUUGUCCCUUAAAGUUUGAAGAUCAACCAAUAAAAGUAAAUGGGAAUGUAUGUUAAGCUAUAUCUAAACUAAAUGUUCUAUGUAAAUAUGAUUUAAACACAAAUUUAUGUGUCAAUAGCACACCUGAUGAUGAUUGUGAUACACCAUUUAUUAAUCAAAAAGGUUGUAUUAGUAUAAAUAAUGUAAAAAAUAAGAAAACAUGUAAAUGGACCAAUUAUCAAUGUAUUUCUGUUCAAGUAAUUUCAUAUUUUACUACAUGCGAAUCAUUAUAAUAUGCAAAUCCUUAGGCUUGUUCUUAAGUUUUUGAAAAUAAUUCCAGAGGGUGCUAUUAUAAUCAAAUUUAGCAAAAAUGUGUUACUUUACAAAUAGAUGAUUAAAUGGAUAAUAAUACAAAAUUGUUUUUGGAAACAAUCAGUUGUAACAAUCCAUUAUUAGGACUGAAUAGAGUUAUAUGUACUUCAAUAAAAACUACAUAAACUCCAUGCAGAUGGUAUAAAGACUAAUGCAUUUUAGUGAAAGAAGACGAAAUAAGAAAUGUCCCUUGUGAUUCUCUAGAGUAUGCUAAUGAUCAAGUUUGUGCUUUUGUCGAAUAUCAAAAAUAAAAAUGCUCAUAUAAUAAAAGUUAACAAAAAUGUGUUGAUUAUAUUAAAGAUAUGGAGACCUGUAAUUAGGCUGGAUUAAAUCAAUACGCCUGCAAAUUUAUCAAGAAUAAUUGUUACUUCGAGAAUAAUGUUUGUCAGAAUAUUUAAAUUAUUACUAAUAAUUUAAAAUGCACCUCCAAUUCACCAUCAGAACAAUUAUGUAAAGAUAUAACAACUGAAGGCCAAUUUUGUAAAUGGGAUACAAGAUAUGGAUGUGUUAAUUUAGAGGUUCCUCCUAAUAUCCCAUGCAGUGAAUUUAAAAACGUAAAUAUAAAUGUUUGCACAUAAAUAAUAAUGUCUAACCCCCAUUAUGAUCCAAAUAAUCCUAAUGAGACUCCUAAUUGGGGUGUUUGUCAAUAUAAUUAUAAGAAUAAGUAGUGUGAAGCUUUAGGACCCAAAACAGAUAAAACAGGAUAGAAUACAAUAAAUGAUAAUUAUUGUUAAAUUGAAAAUCAUGAAACAACAAAGUGUUGUACAGAUGUUAUAGGAAUUAACUCUCACGCAUGCAGCCUUUAUUCAAGUAAAGAUCCUGGUACCUAUUGCUAUUUUAAGGAUGGAAAAUGUCGAGAAUUAACAAAAAAUGAGGUAGAUAUUACGGAUCCUGAAUAAGUGAAAAAUUAUUUUAAUGAAUUGAGAUUACCGUGUCCAUCAUUAUCAAAGAAUUCUUGUCAUAUGAUUGAUUGGUCAGAAAGCUAAAGAUGUUUUUAUGAUGGAAAAAUCUGUAUUCAUUUUGAUCAACAGCAUUACAACAAUCUAUCUAUUGUAAUUUAAGAGGGGCAUAUUACAAAUGAAUUUUUGUGUCUUUCUUUGUAGGCAAAAUCAUCCGAUAAAGUAAAGUAUUUCACUUAUGAUGCAGAAAAAAGGAGAUGCUAAAUAUUAACUUAAACUUCAUUCAAAACUUGUGAGGAUGUAAAUGGAAAUAGAAAUGCUUGCCUGAGAUUUACUGAAGACCAUUAUUGUAAAUGGGAUACUGAUAAAUUGAAAUGUAUUACAAUUCAUGAAGAUGAAUUAUAUGAUAUAAAGAGUUGUGAUCUAAAUACCAAUAUCAAAGCAUGCAAUAAUAAUAAAUAUCAGGCUUGCUAUUUUAAUUACGAUUCUGAUGUUUGUAUGAAGGCUCCUACAGAUAUAAGAUGUGGUGAUUUAGAAGAGAUUAAUGAGAUUGUAUGUAAAUCAUCGAAAAAAGAGCCUUGUGAAUAUUCUUAGGAUAUUGCGAAUAAAGAUAAGAAAAAAUGUUAUAUCCUCACCACAAUUGUUACUGGAUGCACAUCUGAUUUAAUUGUAAACAGCAAAGGAUGUUAUAAGAAUUUCUAAGGAGAUUGUAGGUGGAAUUAAGAAGCCUUGACUUGCUAUUAGAAUUAAGAUGAAAUAAGCUCAUUGGGAUGUCAGGAUAAUCUAAAUAAAGUACUUUGUUUAAAGGUGACAAAAGAAGCAUGCGUUUGGAAUCAUGCAAAUAUUCAAUGUGAAAGAUUUCAAUAAGUUAAUCAUCAAUAAUUCCUAUCUUAUAAUUCAGAGAACUUAUAUAAUUAAGAAGCAUGUUUAUUGAUAAAUUCAGAGGGUUAUUAUCACGACCAAAAUAAAAAUCUAUGUGUAUGGAUUAAAACGGAGGAUCAUUUAAAAUGCUCAGAUUAUAAAAUGAAUAAAUAUGCUUGUUUAUAUUUGACCAGAGGAUUCAAAUGUUAUUUUAAGGAUGGUAAAUGUUUAGAAUUUGUAGAUAAUUAAAAUAUUUGUGAUGCUGGCAUUGACAUAAAUAUUGAAGUCUGUAUGAAUAUACCUAAAAAAUGUUAUUUUGAUAUUAAUUCUCUAAAAUGUGUAAAUGCUAUCAUGGAUGAACUUACAACUUGUUAAUCACUUUUUAUAUCACAAUUUGAUAAACCUGAUGAUAGUUACCCUGAUGGAAUAUCAAAAAUGAAUGAAAAUAAGAAGGAAAGUAGAAACUACAAUAAAUUAGCUUGUUCCUCUAUUAACCAAAAUAAUUUAUAAGAAUUUGGAGAAGAAUAAUGUCAUUUGUAAUCAGAAAGAUCUUAAUAGUGUAAUUACUAGAAUAAAUGUUUUUGGGAUAUUAACGCUUAUAAUUGCAAAGUUUUUCUAUCAUUAGAAUCCGUUUUUAUUAAAAACCAUGUUCGUGAGUUUUAAAAAUAGAUUUACGUUUUAAAAAAUACUUCUUAAUUAGAAUGGGUAGAUGAUUAAAAUCAAAAUUGUUCAUAAUAGGUUAUUAAUAAUAAUGGCGUUAUUAGAGACUAAAUAAUUGAAUCUAGAUGUUUUUAUACAAAUGAAAUUUGCAGCAAAGAUACUGAUUGCCCUUAGUUUUAUAACUAUACUGAAAAUUAUGUAAAUUACAAUUCUUUAGAAGCUCUAAAUAACUUUAUUAAUAACUAAACAAUAUAUGAUGAUAGAUGCAUAAAAUAUUGCAGUCCUAUUAAUACUGAUUGUAAUUAAGGUGAACUUAAAUUCAGUAAAAGAGACUUAACUAUAAUAAAAGUAUGUAAAAAUAUGACAUUUUAUGAAAAACAACCAAUAUGUUAUCUUAUAAAAAAGAAAAUCCCAAAGUGUGAAAAUAUUUAUUCCAAAGCGAUUUGUUUGGAAGAUGUUUAAGAAAAAUGUUAUUUUGAUCUCAAUCAAGGGGGUUGCAUAUAAUUUAAAGACAACGAACAUAAGUUGCCUAGUUGUUCUGCCAUUUAAGGGGAAUGCAAAGGAAGCUUUUCAUAAAAGGCAAUUUGUCAAAUUAUAGAAGUAGGGCAACCAUAAAAUUGCUAUUCAUUACCUGCGAUUAAGUACUGCUCCAAUUUGAAUAUUUACAAAGCUUAAUAAUAUUGUCUCUCUAUAAGUCAAUAAGACGUUUAACCAAGUUUAUGUGCUCAGGCAUUAGAUAAAUGUAGAUUUGAUGGCACUAAAUGUGUUAGUACUUUGCAGGGUCCUUGCAAUUGUGAUCAAAGUUAUAGUAAAGAAUUGUGUGGCCUUUGUAAUUGUACAUUUUAGAAUAAUAAAUGUAUUAAUCGGAAUAAUUGUGUUUGCAAUAAAAAUUCUACUGAAGACCACUGUAAGAGUUGUAAUUGUACAUUUAAGGACAAUAUUUGUGUAAGUACUUUUCAGGAUCCUUGUAUUUGCGAUAGAAGUUAUAGUAAAGAAUUGUGUGAGCUUUGUAAAUGUAAUUUUGAAUAUCUGGGAUAUUGCUAGAAAUAGAGGUAGCCUCCUUAAUUGAGAGAAGACAAAACAAAUUAGCACUACCUUUGUUAAGAAGCUAAUUUAUUUGGUGAUUAAAAUAUUUAAGAAAUAUGUGGAAGUGUUGAAUAAGCAUGUAGAUUUAAAUAAAAUACGUGUGAAGAUGCUACUCAUCUAAAAUGUGAAGAUUUAAUUAACUUUACCGUGUCUGAAUUCGCAUGUUUAAGAUGCAAAGAUGAACCAAUGAAAUAUAUUACGGAAUAAAAAAAAUGUGAAAAAGUAAAGGAAGGUGAAUAAUUUGAUAAGUGUCAAAAUUUGAAUUAUUUAGCUUGUAUUAGAAACACCAGUAUAUAAUGCUAUUGGAUAGACAAAAAUUGCAAAGAGUUAAUUGGAUCAUAAGAACCAGAGUGUUCACUUCGAAAUUAUUAUGGAUGUAUAAAAGAAACAACAGAAUAAAUGAAUUUAUGCUGGUUUAAUCCUGAGAGUAAAUUAUGCGAGAAAUAUAGUCCAUUAAAAGGGAAGUGCUUACUUUAUAAAAAUAAAUCAACAUGUAUGUUGUCUAUGGUUGAAUCAUGUAAAUGGAAUGGUUAAAUAUGUUAAACUGAAUCGAAUCCACAAAAAUGUGAUGGAUUAAAUAAAUAUGGUUGCUUGAAUUUCUAAUAAUUACCGUGUGUGUGGUCCGAUAACUUAUUAAGAUGUGAAUUAGCUUAAUUCUCUAAUAAUCAAGUGAAUUGUACUUAAUUUUUAGAAAACUAAAGUCAUGUGUCACAUAUGAAUGCUUAAACUUGUACAUAAAUAGAAGGUGAUUAAAGUUGCAUUUUGGGUAACAACCACAAAUGUAGACAAAUUUUAGAACCGUAAUUUUAUGGUUGUGAAACUUAAGGGUUAAACUAAAAGGCUUGUCUAUCAAAAACCAAGGAUGCUUGUGCCUUUAUUAAUAAGAAGUGCACUUCCUUCUUAAAUACUAAUCAAGGUUGUUAAACAUACUUAAAUGAAGUAGCUUGUUUGAAUUACGAUAAUAUGUGUUAAUAUGGCUUAAAGGGAUGUGAGAAUGCUCAAUUAGAAAAGUUAUAAUAUUCAAGUGAAUAAUAUUAAAGAGAAUAAAAGCUAAAGAAUUCAAGCUAAUAUUGCAAGUUAAAAGAUUCCACUUAGAAUUUUUUUUAAUGUUUGAUAUAUGUUAAAAACCUCGGAAUUUGUAUAGAUAUAACAGAACGAGAUGCAAAUGUUCCUAACUGUGGAUCUGAUGGUAUUAAUAAAUAUGCUUGCCUAUCAUAAACACUAGGUUCUUGUUAAUACUUAAAUUCAAAAUGUUAGGAGAUUAAAAAUGAAUACAUUACAUCAUGUAAGGAUACCUUCAAUUGGGUAGCUUGUCUUUCUAAUAAAAAUUUGAAUUGCAAAUUUAUGGACUAUAAAUGCUAACCUAUUUUAUAGGGUGAUUCAUGUCAAAGUUUAUAUGGGGCUAGAGUUAAUCCAAUUUCAUGUGCAUAAACUAGCGAUAUACCUUGCAAAUAUAAUAGUAACACCUAAGGUUGUAUAGAGGUUAUAAUUAACAAUGAAAGGUGCUCGACAUUAGGAUUAAAUGAAAAAGCUUGUGUCUUUAAUACAUCUAAAGCAAAUUGUAAAUUUUCAUCAAAGGAAUGCAAAAUGGAUUUUGAAAAAGCUAAAUGUACAGACAAACUUAAUAAAAAUGUAUGUUUAGGUCUAAAAGAUUAAUAUUGCUAUUUUCAUGAAAUCGAAGGAUGCAAAGAAAUAGAUUCCAAUAUAUUAAAUACUUCAAAUUGUUCCUCUGAAACUGAAGUUACUGCGAUUACUUGUUCAUUGGCAACUGAUAAACCCUGUUUUUAUGAUUAAACCAAAAAAAUUUGUAAAAUAUUUGUUGAUUCCAAUUUUGAAUGGGAAAAUCAUCGCUCAUUUAAUAAACUUACAUGUUAGCAGAUAGAAUCUAUUAAUACGUAUUGGUAGGGAGGUUGUUUAUAAGCAACAAAUGAAAUACUUACUUAAUUGCAAUGUGAUGAUUAACUUAAUAAGGGAUCAUGUUUAAAAGUGAAGACUUAAUCUUAAUUAUGCUAAUAUCGAGAUAAAAAAUGUGAAACUUAUUCUUAAGGGUACGAAGCGAUAUGUGAAAUGAUAACCGAUAUAAAUAAUGGGAUUAUAUGUUCUCUAAAUACUAGUAAACCAUGUUAAUAUGAUGCAAUAUCAUUUUAAUGCAAAAAAGUUCUCAAUGAAAAUUCAUCAGAUUUGAAUUGCAGUGAGAGAGAAAAAUAAUUUUAUAACAAAGAAGCUUGCGAAUUAAAUGAAAAUUGUAUAUUUAUGGAUCAAAAAUGCCAACAAAAGAUUUAAAAUAAUUUAUAUUAUUGUUAAUAGGCAUAAUAAAUAGAGAAUUGUAGGAAUGUAUUAUUGGAGGGAUGUUAUAGAAAUAGUUAAUAAAGAUGUCAAUUAAUAACAAGUGAAUUAUAAAAAACAUUAAAUUGUUCAGAUAUUGAAAAUUAAGUAGGUUGUAAAUAAUUAUAAACAAAAGGAUAAUAUUGUAGAUAUUAUGAUAAUAAAUGUUAAAAUGAGAAUAUUUAAGAAUAUAAAGUAAAGAAUUGUAAAGAUAUAAAAAUGAUUAAUAACUAUGUAUUUUGUGAAUAAACACAAGAUAUAGGAUGUAUAUAUGAUCCAUUAAAUAACUCUUGUAUAGAAUCAAAAUAAGAAUAAUAAGAUUUAACAUGUCCAAGAGGAUUAAAUAAAUUAGCAUGUAUUCCAUUAAAUUCAAAUACUAAUUAAUGUUAAUUCUUUAAUUAUUGUUAUGGUUUUAAUUCAGAUAUAUUAAAUUGUAAUAAUGAUGAUCAUUAAUAAUGUUGUUAAAAAGCAUUAACUAUAUAAUCUUGUUUAUUUUAAACUAAAUUCAAAUGUUAAUGGAAUAAUAAUAAUAAAUGUACUUAUUAUGAUUAAUAAAUAAAUUAAAAAUUAGAAUGUAAUACAAUUUAAAAUGCAUCAAGAAAUGUUUGUUAUUCAUUAUUAGAUAACUUUUGUAUUUUUGAUCAUUUCAAUUUUAAAUGUAUAUAAAUUAUACCAUUAACUUGUGAUUCAGUUUAAAGUGCAUAAUAAUGUAAAAGAAUACCUAAUAUACCUUGUUAUUGGAAUUAAGAUUAAUGUUAAUUAAAAUAAUAAGAUUUAUCAGAUACUUGUUAAUUUAUAUCUCAAAACUCAGGUAAUCAUUAAGCUUGUAUUUAAAUUAAAAGACCAGGAUAAAUGUGUAUUUUUAAUGAUUAUCAAUGUUUAUUAUUUCAAGAAAUCUAAAACACUGAUAAUUGUCUUCAUAAUAUUAAUCAAAAUGCUUGUCUAUAAUAAACUAAUUCACAAUGUUAUUGGGAUCUAGAUGUAUCAAGUAGUGAAUAUAAUUAUGUAGGAAUAUGCAAGAAAUUUGAUUAAUAAUAAUAAAGUAAAUUCGAUUGUUAAAGUAAUUUAAGUUUUUAAUCUUGUUUGGCUAUUACAAAAGUAAAUAGUUAUUGUUGGUGGAAGAAAGGAAUAUGCUAGAAAAUUUAGGAUGAGGAUCUUUAUUUUGAAAAAUUACCCACUCUUUUGUAUGUUAACAGAUAAACAUGUCAUUUGUUUGCAGAUGCCAAAUUUAUUUAUGAUGAAGUAAUGUAUAAAUGCAUUAAUAAUCAAACUCAAUCUAAACUAUGUACUUGGAAUGUUGAAAAGUAAGAAUGUAUUGAUCCAAUUUCUAAAUAUUUGAGAAAAAAUGUUUAUGAAAUUAAUCAAAAACAAUAAAUCGCUUCUGCUUCAUAGAGUUCUACAAUGGCUGAAGAUGGUCCUUGUGGGAUUAUUGAUGAAGUUUGCGAUUAUAUUGAUGUAAAAGUAGCUAAAUGUGAUCAUAAAGGAUUAAAUAAAUAUGCAUGUUUGAACAUAACGACUUAACCAUGUAUCUGGACUAAAAAUAAGAAUAAUGAUAUUGAGCAUUGUGAAUUGAUGAUACCAGAAGGAAAUUGUGAAGAAUAAAAUCAGUAUUUGGGUGUUAAUGCGUUGUUAUGUAGCAUGGUAUAAGAAUUUGAUCCUUGCUCUUAUGAUUCUUAAAAUAAGAAGUGUAAAAAGCCAGAUAAGAAUUUAACAAAUUGCAAUGUAGAAGGAAUUAAUGUUUAUGGAUGCGUGUAAAUGAAAUAUUGCUACUUUUAGAAGGGGACUUGCAAAUUAUUUGAUCCUAAUUUAAACUUAUCAUGCUAAGAUGUCUAAUAUGCUAAUGAACUGGUUUGUGCUUAAAUUAAAAAUGGUGGUUGUAAACUUAAUUUAGUUGAUAUUGGAUGUAUUCAGUCGUCAAUUUUAGAUACUUGUUCCACUCAAGGAAUAAAUAUAAAUGGAUGUAAUUCAAUUGAAUAAUGCUAAUGGAAGAAUGAAUAAUGCUUACAUAAGAUAUAUUUAGAGAAAUAAAAAGUUUGCUCAGAGAAUUUAGAUGAGCAAAGUUGCAAUAGUUCUGGCAAAUGUUAUUUUGAGUAGUCAAUCUUUAACGAAGAUGAAUAUACUUGCAAAGAAAGGCAUUGCAAUAGAAUGAAUAAGUGUAACUAUGAACUUUAUAAAGGAAAGAUCUGUUUUUUAAAUUUGAAUGGAAAAUGUAUGGAAGCUACUUCCUGCGAAGAAAUUAAAAGUUCUUCUAUAGACUGCUCUUAAUUCUAUUUUAAUAAUUUAUAAUGUGUUAGUGAUGGAAAUAGUGGGUGCACCCAAUUUUAGAAUUGUGAGAAUUUAAGUAGAAUACAAUGUGCAAAAUAUAGUAAACAGUGUGCCUUAUUCAGCUCAUGCGUCACUAAAUUAUGUCAUCACAUCAAAGAUUAAUAUGAAUGUAUUAAUUAUGAUUGUACUUGGAUCCAUAAAUAAUGUAUUAAUUAAAUUAGAUGUUCUGAAAUUGAAUAAGAAAAAGAUUGCAAUAAAAAUUAAUAUAAAGGUUAGUAAUGUUCAUGGAAUAAAGUAUAAGGUGAAAAUUCUGAAAGAGAAUUUUGUUCAUCAGAUGGUUGUAGCUAUCUCUCUAAAAAUAUUGAAUGUCAUGGUACCUAAGUAGGAUCAACAGUUUGUAUUUUGACUAAAGAUUUAUUUUGCCUUUCAUGUGAGUAAAUUGUAGAAAUCCAUGAUUGCUUGGAAAAAGUUGGAUAUUGUAGUUUUGACACAGAAAAUAAUAAAUGUAUUUCCUAAACGUGUGAAAACUUUAAUUAAUAGAACUGCCAAACUAACCGUUGCUUUUUUUCUGAAAAAUACCAAGUAGAUUAUCAUAAUAAAUUAUUAGAUUUGUGUUCCACAAUGCUAGUUUUAAUAUUAAAAGACUUAGUGUUAAUAAUUAGAUUUAUGUACUUGGGAUGA